GUAAAAACAGUUGAUAUUCCAUUUUUAGAAGAAACAAUGCCCAAGAGAACAACUCUUACUGAUGCACAAAAACGCGAUUUUUGUGUCUAUGCUCGUAAAAAUAAAAGAACUCAGUCUCAAUAUGUUAAAUGGAUUGAGGACAAGUGGAAUUUUACAAUUGAUGAAAGCACAGUUUCGCGUAUUUUAAAAACAAGUGAUCAACGAAUUGGAAAUAAAAUUGUUAAUUCGAAUACAAAGCGUCACAGAACUACUACUUAUCCAGAACUUGAUCUUGCCCUUAAAGAGUUCGUGCUGAUUUAUCAGCAUCAAACUGUUUUAAGUGAUGCUUUGCUUAUCGAAAAAGCAAAAGCACUUGCUAAUGGUUUGGAAAUUCCUCAAAGAGCGCUAAACUUCUCCCCUGGCUGGCUUUAUAAAUUUAAAAGUCGAAAUGGUAUUCAUCUAUGUAAACUUCAAAGAGAGGCUGCGUCUGCUGAUGAGGUAGCAAUUGAUGAAAUGUUGCUUUUGAUAAAAGAUAAGUGUGCAAAUUACUCUAUUGAAAGAAUUUACAACAUGGAUGAAAUGG